AUGUCCAAACCAAACUUCUCCAAAAUCUUGCAAAAUCUGAAACCUGAUUUGGUGAUUUACGACAUAUUGCAGUCGUGGGCUGAACAUGUUGUAAAUGAACACAACAUUCCAGCAGUCAAGAUCCUAACUUCGGGUGCAGCUCUGUUUUCGUAUUUUUUCAACUUUCUAAAGAAUCCAGGGGUUGAAUUCUAUUUCCCUGCUAUUUAUCUCCCGAAAGUUGAGCAAGUAAAGAUGAGAGAAAUGUUCGAGAAAGAACCUAAUGAAGAGGAUCGUCUAGCUGAGGGAAAUAUGCAAAUCAUGUUGAUGUGUACGUCUAGAACUAUCGAGGCCAAAUACUUAGAUUAUUGCACUGAAUUGAGCAAUUGGAAAGUUAUUCCAGUUGGUCCACCAUUCCAAGAUUCGAUCACUAAUGAUGCUGACGACAUGGAGCUCAUGGAUUGGUUAGGAACAAAAGAUGAGAAUUCAACUGUUUUUGUCUGCUUUGGAAGUGAGUAUUUCUUGUCAAGAGAAGAUAUGGAAGAAGUAGAUUUCGGGCUGGAGUUAAGCAAU